AUGGUAGACGAUUACCAGCUAAAUAACCUAAAAAGUGUUGAUGACACGCCAGCUAUUUCCAAAGCUGGUGCACAUAUCGAAUAUGAAGAAGAAUCUUUAACUCCAUCCAUUAAAUCAAAGGAUGCAUAUAGUGAUAAUAUAUCUGGGGAAAAAAAAGGUUUUUUCACAGAAUUUAUAGAUAGUUUCCGUGAAUUUCAAAUGGAAGAACUUGAUCCAAAUUUAACCGAACUAGAAAAGGCACAAGCAAUUGCAGCAAGGUCCCCUCUACAGAGGAGUUUGAAGCAGAGGCAUAUUCGUAUGAUUGCCAUUGGUGGUUGUGUUGGUACUGGUUUGUUUGUCGGUUCGGGUGCAGCAUUGAGUAGUGGUGGUCCAGCAUCUUUGAUUAUAUGUUAUUUUAUUGUUGGUACUAUGAUUUUCUCCACUGUUCAAGCAUUGGGCGAACUAGUUGUUGCAUUCCCUGUUGCAGGUGGGUUCCUUUCAUUGAAUUCUAAAUUUGUGUCUCCAUUAUGGGGUUUCUGUAUGGCUUGGAAUUAUUUCCUUCAAUGGGUCAUUGUUUUACCAAUUGAAUUAGUUGCGGCAUCAAUGACUGUUAGGUAUUGGAAUCAUGAGAUUAACGCGGCCGCUUGGGUUGCUAUAUUCUAUUCGUUGAUUGUUUUUAUCAAUCUUUUUGGUGCUAAAGGUUAUGGUGAGGCUGAAUUUAUCUUCUCGUUCAUCAAGGUUGUGGCGGUUAUAGGGUUUGUUCUUUUUGGUAUUAUCGUUAAUUGCGGAGGUGGGCCACAUGGACAUUACAUUGGUGGUGAAUACUGGAAAAAUCCAGGUGCAUUCAAUAGAGGUUUCAAAGGGUUCUGUUCGGUUUUUGUGACGGCAGCAUUCUCCUUCUCCGGUACAGAAUUGGUUGGUUUGACUUCAGCAGAAACAGCAAACCCAAGAAAGACUUUACCAUCUGCUACAAAGCAAGUUUUCUGGAGAAUCACCUUAUUCUAUAUGACAUCUCUAACCAUUGUUGGUUUGCUUGUUCCAUAUAAUGACAACGAACUAUUAAAUGGAAGUGAAAAUUCUGGUUCCGCUUCCCCCUUUGUGCUUGCUAUCAAAAGAGCAGGAGUGUCAGGUUUACCAUCUGUUAUGAAUGUGGUUAUUGUCUUGGCUGUCAUUUCUGUUGGUAAUGCAGCGGUUUACGCAUGUUCUAGAACAAUCGCUUCCCUUGGUGACCAAGGUUUUGCUCCAAAGAUUUUUGGUUACGUUGAUCGUAAUGGUAGACCUGCAGUUGGUAUGUUAAUCUCUUUGACUGUUGGUUUGCUAUGUUUCCUUGCAGCAACUCCAAAGGAAGAUGUUAUUUUUGCCUGGUUGAUGGCAUUAUCUGGAUUAUCCUCUGUUUUCACCUGGGGUACCAUCUGUUUCUCCCAUCUAAGAUUUAGACAAGCCUUGAGAUACCAUAACAGAACCACGGAAGAGUUGUCCUUUGUUGCAAUGACUGGUAUUUGGGGAUCCAUUUGGGGUGUUGUUCUUAAUGUCUUGAUUUUGAUUGCAGAAUUCUGGGUGUCAUUGUUCCCAACCAAUAAGGCAGAUGCUAAUAACUUCUUCAAGAAUUACUUGAACGCAGUCGUCUUAGUUGCCGUUCUUAUCUUCUACCUAGUAUGGAAGAAAUUCAAGGUCACGUGGUUGAUCCCUGUUGGCGAAAUCGACAUUGUGACAGGUCGUCGUUUCGUUGACCUUGACCUACUGAAACAAGAGAUUGCUGAAGAAAAAGCAUUCAUUUCUUCAAAGCCUUGGUACUACAAAGUGUACAAGUUCUGGUGUUGA